CAAAUUUAUAUUAAUAAGCUAUGGCAACUCUUUCUUUUGUUAGACUGGCAACACUGUUCGAGAAGUAAGAAAAAAUGUUUUUAACACACAGACUGCUGCAAAGCAGCUCGCGGCUAUGGCAGGGCAUCAGUGCUACACGUGGCUAUCACAUACUAAUGCGCACAACUGCAGUUACGCCAAAUCCAAUUCCUGUGCAGCCUUUGAUACCCGCAACUAAAGGGAUAGUCUCGCUCUUGGCACCCGUUAAUGCUUUUCUGCAGCAGGUGGCUGGUUUUAAGGUAAAGGGACGUCUCAAGCACCGGUGCAAGGAUUGUUAUACGGUAGUCCGACAGGGACGUGGUUAUGUCAUUUGUCCAACGCAUCCGCGUCACAAACAAAUGUCUAUGAAGAAGCGCGACUACAAAUCCUGGAUCCUGACGCAUGCCACGCAGUCCAAGGAAAGGGGCUACUAG